GGCCAUGGCGCAGCUGCGGGUGACCGACUUCUUCGCCCGGAGCAAGAAGGGGCCGGCGGGCGGCAAGCGCAGGAAAGUCCGCGGCGCCCCGGCAGAGGCCCAGGAGGCCUCGGCCAGGCCCAGCCCCGAGCCGCAGCGGCCGGCCUGGCUGGCCUCCCCCCGCACGCCGGCCGGGCCCGGCGGCCCGCAGAGCCCGGCCACGCCCGGCAGCAGGAAGAGGCGCCGGUCGAGCUCCGGGCUGGAGCGGGAGGCGGAGCGGGAGCCCUCGGGCCUCGUCCCCGCGCGGCGCGGCCACAAGGGGACGGCCCGGAAGAAGCUGGCGAUGCCCCGGGAGGCGGUCCCGGGCCCCUCUUCCCCCACCCCCUCCAGCCUGGACAAGAAGGUGAAGGAUCUGGUGAACGUGAGCCUCUCGCCAGGCCAGAAGCAGGAGACUGGGGAGCAGACCAGCCUGGCCACGCCAGAGGAGAAGGAUUUGGCCAGAGACACACUUGCACAGCUGAGAUGCCGGCUGGAGAAAGUUCAGGCGCUGACCCAGAAAGGCCGAGUGCCGGCCGGUGCCUCCGAAGCCAAAGGAGAUGUAAAGAGCACGUUGCAGCGGGCACGGCAGCUGGAGUCCAAGAUCCGUGCAAGGAAAACAGCCAAGGAGGAAAAGGAAAGUCUCUCCCGGCUCCAGUUGGCCACACGGGAUCCCAAGCCGGAAGCAGAAGAAAGUGAAAAAACGCCAGCCUACCAGCGAUUCCACACCCUCGCCCGGGAUGUGCCCCCCGGGCUCACGCUACCCUACAAGUACAGGCUGCUGGCCGAGAUGUUCCGCAGCAUGGACACCAUCGUUGGGAUGCUUUUCAACCGCUCGGAGGUGGUGACCUUCUCCAAGGUCAAGCAGGGCGUCCAGGACAUGAUGCGCAGGCAGUUUGAAGAACAGAAUGUGGGCCAGAUCAAGGCGGUGUACCCAGCCGCCUACACGUUGCGCCAGGAGAAGAACAUCCCCACCUUCAGCAGCGGAGGCCUGAAGCGAAGCGACUACCACCUUACCAUUGAACCUGUGGUGGGAGGAGGAGAGAAGCUGUCGGCAUCACGUCUGCUGGAACGCCAAAAAGUGUUCCACAGGAACCUGGUGAACAUUGUCAAAGAGCAUCACAAGGCUUUCCUGGCAUCCCUCAACCCUCCAAUGAUGGUCCCGGAUGACAAGCUUGCCAGAUGGCACCCUCGGUUCAAGGUCGACGAAGUGCCCAACAUUGUGCCAGAUGAGCUGCCUAAGCCCCCCCAGGUGGAUAAGCUCACCACAGCCCAGGAAGUGCUGGCGAAGGCGCGCACCAUGCUGACCCCCAAGAUGGAGAAGGCGUUGGCCAAUCUGGCCCUGAAGACGGCCGAAGCCAGCCCCUCCGCGCCGGAGACCCCGAGGCCUGCCCCGCUCUCUCCUGCUACCACCCCCAGCAGCCUGAAGGGGGUAUCACAGUCCCUGUUGGAGCGGGUCAGAGCCAAGGAAGCUCAGAAGCUGCAGGCCCUGAUGACGAGAGACCCCCUGCAAGAGCAGCGCCUGGACAGGCUGGGGCGGCUGCCCGAGAUGGCGCGGGUCCUGCGCAACGUGUUUGUGGCCGAGAAGAAGCAAGCCCUCCCCAUGGAGGUGGUGUGCCAGCGGAUGACGGAGAGCUACCGGGGCCUCCUGAUGCCUGGAGAGAUGGAGAAGCACCUUCGCCUCUUCUCGGAGCUGCUGCCGGACUGGCUGAGCGUCCUGCCCGUUCGGACCGAGACCUACAUCAAGCUGGACAAAAGCCUCGACCUCAACGUCAUCACGGAGCGCCUGAUCGCCCGGGCCAAGGAAGAGGAGAAGCUCUGA